ACUGAGGGCUAUAAGUGAACGCCCAGCAGCCAGGCCCGGGACUGGGCGGACUGCACCGGCGCGGCGGUUCUGAUCAGCUGAGCAGAUCCGAGCUGAGAACGGCUGGCUACCCUAGAGGGUGUCGACGGGGCCAUGGAGGGCGGAUGCACAUACGAAGAUUAUCAGAACACUGCAAAAUGGCUUCUGUCCCACACCAAGCACCGACCUCAAGUGGCAGUUGUUUGUGGUUCUGGGUUAGGAGCUCUGGCUGAUAAAGUAACUCAGGCCCAGAGCUUUGACUACAGUGAGAUACCAAACUUUCCUCAAAGUACAGUGCUAGGGCAUGCUGGUCGGCUGGUGUUUGGGUUCCUGAAUGGCAAAGCUUGUGUGAUGAUGCAGGGCAGGUUCCACAUGUAUGAAGGCUAUCCGCUCUGGAAGGUGACAUUCCCAGUGAGGGUUUUCCAGCUUCUGGGUGUGAACACCUUAGUGGUCACCAAUGCAGCUGGAGGGCUCAACCGCAAGUUUAAGGUUGGAGAUAUCAUGCUGAUCCGUGAUCACAUCAAUCUGCCUGGUUUCUGUGGUCAGAACCCUCUCAGGGGGCCCAAUGAUGAAAGGUUUGGAGUCCGUUUCCCUGCCAUGUCUGAUGCCUAUGACUUGGAUAUGAGACAGAAGGCUCACACUAUCUGGAAACAAAUGGGGGAGCAGAGAGAGCUACAGGAAGGCACCUAUGUUAUGUUGGCAGGCCCCAACUUUGAGACUGUGGCAGAGUGUCGCCUGCUGCAUAUGCUGGGUGCAGAUGCCGUUGGCAUGAGCACAGUACCAGAAGUUAUAGUUGCGAGACACUGUGGACUUCGAGUCUUUGGCUUCUCCCUCAUCACUAACAUGGUCAUCAUGGAUUAUGAAAGCCGGGAGAAGGCCAAUCACGAGGAAGUACUUGAGUCUGGGAGAGCAGCUGCACAGAAAUUAGAGCAAUUUAUCUCCAUUCUUAUUGGUAACAUUACACUGCCUGACAACAGUUAGCCAGGACAGCUGCUUCCUCAGGAUCCAAGUGCUAGCGCUGCUUCAGCCCCUUGCUGGGGUCUCGUGCCUCUACCCCUACACAGUAGCAGAAAGGAGAGGAAGGUCCCUAUCCUUGACCUUUCCUACUUCUCCCACCAUUUCCCCCUCUGCUGCCCCAAGAGCUGGAUUGCAAGCCCUACCACACACCCAUGUGUAUGCCCAUAAUAUGAUGACACUUUUACAUUCCUGGGGGCUCAGUUCUGCCUCCCCCAAAGCACCAGAGACCACUCAAGAAUGACUCAUACCUCUGUGCUACUAUCAUAUUUGAGAUUAAAGAGAAAGAUGAAGUGA